AUGAGAAGCCGCCAUCUGCUGCUCCGGUCGUCACAGCUACGACUGGGGCCGGAACGAGCGCAAAAAGCGCCCACGACCACAGGGGGCAACAGCGGCUCAUGCCCUAUGCACCCCAAUAGUCGCCACAACGCCACGGAGUGCCACGAGAUCAUCGAGCUCGCGAAGCGCGGUCACGCUGGAAGCGUGUGGCCACCGUCUCCACAGCAUCUUGUACGGCCUCCCGGGCGGCGUCUUCAGUGUUGGCCACUGGACCAGCGAUCACCGGUCCCAAGGAGAUGGCCGGGUCGUGGCUUUGGAGUUGGCGCAAGCAACCACGGCCACAACCACGGCCAGCACCACUACCACCGCCUGUGGGCAUCCUCCCUCAGCGUCGUUGUAGCGCAGCUGCCGCCGCAACCGCCGGGCACAGGCCUGCCGCUAACCCUGAACAUGGUGGUGUCCACUGGGAACAACAGUGCUAGCGGCAACCCGGUGCUGCAGCUUGCCAACAGCGGCGGCCUCCUCGAUGCGUGCGUCAAGGCGAAGGAGCCCUCAUCGUUGUCUCCCUACGGAGGCGACGUCGUGGCCAUCAAAGCCAAGAUCGUCUCGCGCCCACACUACUACUCGCUCCUCACUGCCUACCUCACGUGGAACAAGGUGGGGGCACCACCGGAGGUGUCGGCGAAGCUGACAAAGAUAGUGCAGGAGGUGGAGGCGCGGCAACACACGGCGCUCGGCGGCCUGGCCGCUGCGACGGAGCUAGACCAGUUCAUGGAGGCGUACCACGAGAUGCUGGUGAAGUUCAGGGAGGAGUUGACGAGGCUGCUGCAGGAGGCGAUGGAGUUCAUACGAAGGGUGGAGUCACAGCUCAACUCGCUUUCCAUCUCUGGAAGGUCGCUGCGCAACAUCCUUUCAUCCGGGGCCGCCGUAGAAGACAGAGAAGGUGAUUUUUUAAACCAAUGCAGUGGUAUCGAGGCGCCUCGCGUGUGGCUCGGUGAAACCAUCUGGCGUGGGGGCCGCGAGCAGUACGCCCAUGCUGCUGCAUGUGCUACACUCAUCAUGACUCGCGCGUUACCGAGGAAGUAG